AUGCCUAUGACGGAAUUUCAAGAUUCGGAAACAGUCAAGGUAUUGCUUCGAACACUCGAGGAACUUGGCAUUACCCGGCUAGAUUCGGGGGCUCGGUAUCCUCCGCUGAAUCCAGGCCGGUCGGAAGAGUUGAUAGGCGAAGCAAAAGAACUCAGCAGCAGAUUUCUUGUUGAUACUAAGAUUUAUACCGACACCGCAACAGAUGGGAACGGAGAUCUAACUGUUGAGGCUAUUAAAAAGUCCGUCGAUGGGAGCCUGAAGCGUUUACAAGCCGAUAAUGUAUAUUCCCAGCAAAGGCAACAUGAAGUCAAGCAGAAUGGUUUGCAAAAGCCGAGCUGUUAUCAGGGAGUUUAUAACUUGGUAACGCGCGGUAUGGAAACGAAGCUACUGCCCCUCCUACGUGCUCAUGGCAUCGUAUUCAAUGGUUUCCACCGCUGGCUCAUGUAUCACUCUGGCCUGGGAGAUGGUGAUGGGAUCGUCCUAGGCGCCAGCAAGGUCACACAAAUCAUCAAAACCGUCCAUCUUAUUCGAUCCCGUCUCGCGAGUCUGGGCGAUACAUCUCUGCACACCUCUACCUUCCCGCGGGAUAUUCUAACUCUUCACUGCCGUCAAAACCUCUAUCAAUCCUCGUCAAUUGGCACCAAGAAGAAGGUCAUCAAGGAGGUUUUUGAAGGCGUGCCUCAUGCUUUUGAUAAGGGCUGUGAAAAAGGGACCAUAGAAUGGACCCAACGUGAGCAGGCUUACGCGCUAGCUACGAAGCUUCUGAAAGAUUCGCUCAAAUAA